AUGCCUCUCGAUAUCGAAGAGAUCCUACGAAAGAAAAAGGCAGCAGACGCCGCCGCCGCCAAGCCUAGGUUCAUCCCCAAGGCCCAACGAGAGCGACUGGCAGCUGAAAAGGUCAAAAAGGAAGAGGAAGACAAGAAGCGCAAGGCCGCAGAGGACGCUCAACGGCGACGCGAGGAUGAACAGAAAUGGGCUGCCCGACCAAACGGCUCAUCAUCGACGCCCAGCGAAGCGACGAAUGGCUCUUCUUCGCGGGUGCCCACGGGGCCCAAGGCCAUGAACCAGGAGAAUGGUCGUGGAAGAGGGCGUGAAGGGAAAAAGGGGGACAAGGCGAACGGGGACAAGCGCUCGGCAGAGGACAUCGAGGCGUCUCUUUUACGAUCACGAUAUCUCGGCCCCGAAGUAAAUCAACAGUCCAACUUUUCGGCAAAGAAGAAGCGAAUGCGCACGACGGAGAGAAAGUUCAACUUUGAAUGGGACGCCGACGAAGACACAUCACGCGACAACGAUCCCUUAUACACGCGACAGAGCGCCAACCACAAUGGAUCCUUUGCCGGCGUCGGUGGCGAGUUUGACGAGGAGGCUGAAGAGCGAGCUCGCAAGCGCGCGAGAAUGAUCGAGCAGAGAGACCCGGAGAACGGAAAGGAGCGAGCGAAGGGAUUCAUGGAGGACUUCUUCCGAGCUCGCGACAAGGCCCGGCAACGCGCGGAUCGUACAGGUCUGGGCAAGCGGUGGUCAGAGAAGUCGCUGGAUGAGAUGCGCGAGCGCGACUGGCGCAUCUUCAAGGAGGACUUUGGUAUUGCGACAAAGGGCGGCAUGAUCCCUAACCCCAUGCGCAACUGGCGCGAGUCGAAUCUGCCACCUCGACUGCUCAGCGUUGUCGACCAGGUCGGCUAUAAGGAGCCUACACCCAUUCAGAGAGCUGCCAUCCCCAUCGCUCUCCAGGCUCGCGACCUCAUCGGUGUCGCCGUUACCGGUUCCGGAAAGACGGCGGCCUUCCUUCUGCCGCUGCUGGUGUACAUCUCCGACCUACCACCCCUGGAGGAUCAUAACAAGAACGAUGGCCCAUACGCCCUUAUCCUCGCCCCGACUCGAGAACUGGUGCAGCAGAUCGAAACCGAAGCCAAGAAGUUUGCCGACCCCCUCGGCUUCCGUUGUGUGAGUAUCGUCGGUGGUCACUCCCUCGAAGAACAAGCAUACGCCCUUCGCAACGGUGCCGAGAUCAUCGUCGCCACACCCGGUCGUCUGGUGGACUGCAUUGAGCGCCGACUCCUGGUGCUCGGCCAGUGCUGCUACGUCAUCAUGGAUGAGGCCGACCGCAUGAUCGAUCUGGGCUUUGAGGAGUCGGUCAAUAAAAUCCUCGACGCCCUGCCCGUGUCGAACGAGAAGCCCGACACGGACGAUGCAGAGAAUGCGCAGCUAAUGAAGCGCUACCUCGGCGGCAACGACCGCUACCGCCAGACCAUGAUGUACACGGCCACCAUGCCUCCGCUCGUCGAGAAGAUUGCAAAGAAGUACCUCCGCCGCCCGGCUGUCGUUACCAUUGGCAACGCCGGUGAGGCCGUUGACACGGUUGAGCAGCGCGUCGAGUUCGUCUCGGGCGAGGACCGCCGCAAGAAGCGCCUACAGGAGAUCCUCUCCUCCGAGGCCUUUGCACCCCCCAUCAUCGUCUUUGUCAACAUCAAGCGCAACUGCGAUGCUGUCGCGCGAGACAUCAAGGCCAUGGGAUGGUCUGCCGUUACACUUCAUGGUUCCAAGACCCAGGAGCAGCGAGAGGCCGCCCUGGCUUCGGUGCGUGCCGGACACACACAAGUACUGGUCGCCACCGAUCUUGCUGGUCGUGGUAUCGAUGUUCCCGAUGUUUCUCUCGUCGUCAACUUCAACAUGGCCACCAACAUCGAGAGUUACACCCAUCGUAUCGGUCGUACCGGUCGUGCCGGCAAGAGUGGUGUUGCCAUCACCUUCUUGGGCAACGAGGAUGCGGAUACCAUGUACGAUCUGAAGCAGAUCCUCAGCAAGAGCUCUAUUUCAAAGGUGCCAGAAGAGUUGAGGAGACACGAGGCUGCGCAGUCGAGACCGGUACGCGGUGGAGGUGGUGCAGCAAGGAGAGAAAAGGAGGAAGCGCCUGGGAAAGGAGGGUGGCAGUAA